AUGCAAGCAAAUAAGGACACCGAUUGGCAUGAGGUAUUCGCCGACCUGCUGGUGUUUGAGCAGGACUAUGACACAGCUAUGCAUAUACUUAUGUAUCAGGAUGAGAAGGUGGCAAGACUGUCAGUUGAAAAUACAGAUCCAACGACAAUUUUGCGCGCAAGACGCGUCAAACCUCACGGAAACUGCGUCUCGACGCCGCGGAGCACCAGCAAGAAGCGCAAAGGAUCUGGGUUAUCACGAAAGCCGCUUAAGAAACCUUCAAGUAGUUUAUUGCUGAGCUUCACCACCUCAUCUUCAAGUGUCUUUUCUCACGGUGGUAGAGAGACAAGGAGUGCGGACAUUGUAGUACAAGACACUGGUACUUGCAAUGACGCUGUCGUAAGUAUUAUGGGUACAGAAGCAGAUUUUGUACCUGGUAAAGAGUCAGUAGAUGUUGAUAUCAAUGAGAUAGUAGAUGUUGAUAUUGGAAGCUCUGUACCGAGUGCGGACAAACGAACGGCGCUUGAUCAGAAAUGUAAGAAACUGCACAGUGGUAUAAGCGGCGAGAUUAAGGUGCUGAGUUUGUUCAGUACUGGGUCAGGGAAGACGGUGGCGGUGUCGAAGUCACGGCUGCGCGAGUAUGAGGAGAAGUUGUGCAGUAAGGAGGAGUCUGUGCCUGGUAGCAAUGGUAUCAGCACGACGAUGAGUAGCACGGCCACGGUGCCGAGUUUGUUCAGUACUGGAUCAGGGAAGACAGUGACGGUGUCGAAGUCACGGCUGCGCGAGUAUGAGGAGAAGUUGUGCAGUGAGGAGGAGUUUGUGCCUGGUAGCAAUGGUAUCAACACGACGAUGAGUAGCACGGCCACGGUGCCGAGUUUGUUCAGUACUGGGUCAGGGAAGACGGUGACGGUGUCGAAGUCACGGCUGCGCGAGUAUGAGGAGAAGUUGUGCAGUGAGGGAGGAGUCUGUGCCUGGUAG